AUGUAUCAACCACAGCAUGCAGCCAAAGCAGGUGGUGCGUCUCCGGAGCCUCGGGUGUUCUGCUUCGGAGAGAAGGUCCAGUACUUGUCGCGUCGCACUGGCCAGUGGAUACCGGCCGUCGUUCAAGGCCAUGCCAUGGUUGCAGUGCCGGGUGCGGGGACCCCUGAGGAGUUUCACUACCAACUAGACGUGCAGGAAGCUGCCCAUCCAAGUCGCGUGCGAGCUGCAGAGUCACAGCCGAAGCCAGUGACGACACCUGCACCUGCUGUCGCAGUGCCAGUAGCUCAACCUUGCAUGUCAGAGGCACAGCAACAUCCGGCGGAGCAGCUGCGCCAACCCAAGCCCAAUUUGCCCCAGCAGUCCCAGCCACCGCCCGCCCCACUCCCUCCUCCUGCGUCAGCCCCAGGGCCGUUGUGUCCUGUUCGCUCUGCUGUCGCACCCCUAUCACAACAACCUGCAGCUCGGUGGCAGCUCAUGUGCCUACAUGCGGAAGGCUUCUCACAAGAGGUCCUUCACGCCCUGCCCAGUACGAUGCGUGCUCUGGCAAUUCCGGAUGGGAAGUCCCACUUUGGAAGGCAGCAUCAGGCCAAGUUUCUGGAAGCCUUGCUCGUCAAGUCACCACAGCUCCUGAGCAUCAUCUCCCGCACGCAUGCAGAUGUUGAAGCUCCAGCAAACAGCUCGAAAAUCCGAAUCACGAAUCUCACCUUGAACCCGGUCUUUGUCAAUUCGGCCCAGGCCCUUUGGCAAGGACAAUCCGGUGAGCUUGGACCGGGCACGACCCUCAGCUUUGCUAGGAACCAGGGGGACGACACUCCGCACCAUUUCCUCGUUUUCCAGCUGCAAGCCUUGGAUGCGGGGCUGCAAUCCCUGCAAUCGACGCCGGCCGAAGCCGAGACGAAGGCCGCAGCUCGAGAGCAUCAGCCUCAAGCGGCACUUCCUAUUGCUCCCACAGAAGUAGGAGGCCAAAAAAGUCCUCCCACAGAGCAACCGCCUCCGCCUCCCUCGGCUAUGGCGAUGACUACGGUGGAUGUUGCAAAGGUGGCAAUUCCCACAGAGGUGCUCCAGCAACUGCGGGCUGUGGAAACUUGCAAGCUUGACAGCCCGAAGCCCAAGAACCCACCAAGGGAACCCUCGCCGGAUCCCUCGCCGGAUCCCAGAUCCCACCAGGCUUCCAAGGUUCCGCCAGAGCCACGGAGCUUUCCGCACAGCGUGGAAAAGGAGAAGGUGGAUCCGCGACCUGAGGCUCUCCAGCCCGAGGGGAAAGAGCCCAUUCGGCCGGCCCCAAGUGCGGUGGAGGCCAAGGCAGCGCUUGACCCGGUGGCCUUCGAAGAGACCCUUCCAGUGGCUCCGGCCCCCACGUUGGGCCCCUGUCCGGUGUUGGCACAGCUGCCGGAAGAG